AUGGCGACCGUAGCACUGGAUUGCCCAAUAACGACGCACCACUUAUCAAGCAUUGCCGUUUCGCAGAAGUCGUCUAAAACCGCUAGGGUUUGCACCGUCAGAUGCUCCGCCUCUAUUUCUGUCUCCUCCGACGGCGGCGUCGCCAUCGGUUUAGGAGAAAGACCUUGGAAGGUAGCAGAUGCUAGACUUGCACUUGAAGAUGGUUCAAUUUGGAGGGCUAAGUCAUUCGGUGCUUCUGGAACUCAAGUUGGUGAAGUUGUUUUCAAUACAUCUUUAACAGGGUAUCAAGAAAUUCUUACAGAUCCUAGUUACGCUGGCCAGUUUGUCUUGAUGACAAACCCUCAUAUUGGCAACACUGGUGUUAACUUUGACGACGUUGACACUCGUGCGAUUACCAGGAGACUAAGACAAGAUGGUAGCCUUAUAGGUGUACUGAGCACAGAGGAAUCCAAAACAGACGAGGAACUUUUGGAAAUGUCGCGUACCUGGGACAUUGUUGGUGUUGAUUUGAUAAGUGGGGUCUCCUGCAUUGCUCCUUACAAAUGGGUCAAUAAAACAGGCUCAGAGUGGGAAUUUAACUUCGAUGGGAGAGAUAGAGAAACUUUUCAUGUUAUUGCAUAUGAUUUUGGUAUCAAACAUAAUAUACUGAGGCGCUUGGCAUCCUAUGGCUGUAAUAUCACAGUUGUCCCUUCAACGUGGCCAGCAUCUGAAACUCUAAAGAUGAAAGCAGAUGGAGUUAUUUUCAGCAAUGGCCCCGGGGACCCAUCUGCUGUUCCUUAUGCUGUCAAAACAGUCAAGGAAAUAAUUGGAAAGAUUCCUGUUUUUGGAAUUUGCAUGGGCCAUCAAUUACUUGGACAGGCAUUGGGUGGUAAGACCUUUAAAAUGAAGUUUGGUCACCAUGGAGGAAAUCAUCCAGUUCGUAACCUUCGGAAUGGCUGUGUUGAAAUCAGUGCCCAGAAUCACAACUAUGCCGUUGACCCUGCGUCUCUGCCUGAGGGUGUUGAAGUGACUCAUGUCAAUCUUAAUGAUGGAACCUGUGCUGGUCUAGCCUUUCCUAAACUAAAACUCAUGUCUCUCCAGUACCAUCCUGAAGCAUCCCCCGGACCUCAUGAUUCAGAUACUGUUUUUGCGGAGUUUGUACAGCUGAUGAGGCUAGAAAAGCAGAAGGCAUGA